AUGGGAGACCUGAAGAGUGGCUUUGAGGAAAUGCAAGGAGUGAGAUUGGGAUACCUGCUCAUCAAAGGCAAGCAAAUGUUUGCUUUGUCUCAGGUCUUCACCGACCUGCUGAAGAACAUCCCUCGGACCACGGUGCACAAACGCAUGGACCACCUGAAUGUGAAGAAGCACCACUGUGACCUGGAGGAGCUGAGGAAGCUCAAAGCAAUAAACUCUAUAGCUUUCCACGCCGCUAAAUGCACGCUGAUAUCUCGGGAGGACGUGGAGGCUCUGUAUGUCUCCUGCAAGACGGAGAGGGUGUUGAAGUCCAACAAAAGGAAAGCGAAAGCUGUGUGUGUCCCCGGGGACCAGGACGCAUCCCGGGGACUCCUCUGCACCGACAACGAGCUGUGGAAGGAAAAAGUUUGGUUUAGUUUGCACGGCGUCCCGGAGACUCUGUCACUGCACAGCAAACCGGGCAGGAGGAGAGAGCUGACCCCUUGCCUUACCGACUCCAAACUACCUCAAUUCCACGACAAAACCCAAGAACAGGAGUGCAGUUCUGUGACAAAGUCCAUUCACAAACACUUUAAAAACUAUGAAACAGAGAAAAUCGCAGGGAACCGGGUCACUCCGAGCCAAAGGCAUUCGUUUUUAGCUGCUCAGUCCAGGCUCUCGAGCUCAGCCUGCGACCUACUUCACAAGAGGAAGAGGAGGCGAGGGGGUGGCAGGGACGGCGCGAGGCACUCGUGGAGCAGGAGCAGGCACGCGCACCAGCACGCACUGCUCGUUCAGCCCAAAUCAGCUCACGGUGCGUCUUUUGGCUCUUUCCACCUGGGUCCGGAUUUCUAUCUUGACCCCAGACCUCACCAUCACCACCACCACCAGCAUCACCAUCACCACCACCACCACCACCACCAGCACCACCAGCAGCACCAGCAGCAGGACGAGCAGCCCAGUUUCCAGGAGAGCUGCAGCAGCGACACCGAGUCCAGUAUCUACUCGGACCGGGCCUACCCAGAUUCGGACUUUGGAUCCGGCCUCUCCAGCACCACCAGCAGCAACAACUCUGGGAGCUCCGAGGAGGAGGAUGAUGAAGAAGAUGAAGAAGAUGGGGAGGUGGGUGAGGAUGAGGAUGACACGCAGUCAGAGAGUUCAGAGGUCAGCUCAGAUGAGGAGGAGAGCUCGUCUCAGUCCGACUCCAGCUCGGUUUCUAGCCGCGUUUCGGUGCAGAGCAUUCGGUUCCGACGGGCCAGGGUCGGAGCUCUCAAAGGUCUCAACACCAGCAAAGCACCUUUGGUCCUGCAGCCUACGUUUCACUACAACAACCAGCAUCCACAAGAGAAACAGCACAGGACACUGGGCCAUGUCUACCCUCCACACACAGGGGAGAAACGUCAGAAAUGUGACUUUAUAUCCAGUAAAUCUACACUCGACUUUGGACCUUUACAGCCACCAAAAUUCAUGGGGGAGAGCUUUUUCACUGAGUCCAAACGGGAAAAGGCGUUUUUUGAGGCAGAUCCGAUCAGGGUCGACCACAUGGACGAGCCGGCCCCUUAUUCACGGACACACACUCGGUUUAAGGCUUUUAACCCCUUGUGCAGGACACAGGGGCAUCCCACCAAGUGCCACCAAUGGGACCAGGUCAAAGACGCAAAGAGCCACAGAUGUUCCGACAAAAGGGAGGUGAAGAACCUCAAAUGUCCCACUCCAAUGAAAAAAAUCAAGACCGAGCCGGAGGAGCUCUCUGUGACCGCCGCUCCUUCCUCGGAGAGCGGCAGGACAACCAGGACACCACCCUUCAACCUCCACAAUGUGAAAGUUAAAGUGGAGGAGAGCUGGGAUGAGUAUGAAUACCAGAGCCAGCUAGUCAAAUGCAAAGGAGAUAAUAAGACAGAGAGAGACUUCUUCUUCAACAGUGGGAUUAAAGCCACAGAGAAGAGUCCUGAUGUGGCCCCCAGGUCUCCCUGUGGUCCUCAGGAAUACAGGAGCACCCAGGACACCCCAUGCAUUUUGCAAGGGGAGCACAGGAACAAAAGCUGCAGGGUUAGGGUGCUGGGGAGUAAAAAAAACCAAGUCUCCAGGAUGCAAUCAAAACUAAACGUGCCCAGAGUCAACAAAACUGCCUUUUUCUCUUCUUCUUCCUCCUCCUCCUCCUCCUCUUCUCCUUGUUCGUCUUCUUCUCGUCCCAGUGAGGAGGUAUCCGUGAAACCGAGCAGACGCAGACGCAUUGCCAGCUCAGCUCCAGUGAAAAUGCCCUUCAGCCUGAUCGCAAAUUUCCCUUCCCCACCGUCGCUUGUUGUCGGCAGUGACGGGGAUCUGUGCCCGGCUUCCUCCCUGAACUCGCUGAGGGCCCCCGGGCCUCCCCCUCCGUCCCACCCCGUGUGGAGGUGGCAGCCAGGCGGCCAGAUUCUCCCUCCCCCACUCCCUCAGAGAACUAGGAAAUACUGA